AACAGUUUGAUUUACUUGUUUCAUUUUAUUUUGGGGGUCAGGGAUCCCACAAAGAAGAGAACCUAGUUGCUAAAUAUAGCUUCUCACUCCCACGGAAGAAACUUCGCAAAAGGGGAAGAAGAUGCCCAAGAUAGAUGAUGUGAGAACAGAAGGGGAAAUGGGAAGCACCGCAACAAUGGAGAAGAUCGGCGUGGGAGAUGGCGAUGAUGAUGCAGCAACUCAUCAUCGAUGUGGUGCAUGCCCUGUUAGAGAUGAUAUCGAUGGAUUAAAGGAGUGUAUGUGACGGGAUCUUGCAAGAAAAGAGUCUGUUCAGAAGAAAAAACCUAGAGGAAGAAUUGCUCUAAUCAAUGGCAACCAAUAAUAGGCAUGGUUUACCCGACUCAUGUGCACCACCAAGUGUUCUGAUGAACUCCUUUGAGAGAAGAGUUAUGGCUGAUUUAAAGGACAUCAAAAGAGCUAACAAUAGUAUUCGAGAGGAACAAAUUCUAUUGAAGUCCAUGAUUGAACGCAUAAAUUCCAUUUAUGUCAAGCCUGAGUUGAAGGAGAAUGAAAGACUUUUGAAAAACAGCAAGACCAAUCCUAUCACCACCCCUCAUAAGACAUGCAAAAUUACGGAAAAUAUCAAAAAGAGUGACAGCAAGUCAAUAUUUAAUAUGGAUGUGGACUCAAAUAUAUGUCUUGAUGUGUCAGAUGAUGAGGAUGAUGUCAUGGAACUAGAUCGAACAACCAUAACCCGCCAAGAUCCACGCAAAGUUGCUGUCCAACGGAGCAUUCCCUCUAUCAAACGCCAGAAACUGUCACCCCAGCCAAAUGGAAAAGGGAAGGCGAAACCACUAUCAAAGCCAUGGUUCCCUGGACCUGGUGAAAGGAGAACCAGGUUCCAAAAUACGGUUGAGGUAAAAUCUUUGCACAUCCAUAUGCAUUUACAUGUUAUUAUAAAAGGGAUAGGUUUAUAAUGCCCAAAUUUCGUA